GUACAUCUACCUGAUUUACCAAAGAGUGUCUAAUCUCUUCCCUCUCGAAAAAAAAAGAAAAUGCGCCUUUCAAAAGCAGCAUCUUUCCUAUUAUGCCAAUCCCCCCUAUCCCUAUCCCCCCUAAUCAGGUCCUCCAACGCAGCAGCAGCAAAAGCAACACGCCCACUAACUCUCACAGCACUUCCGAAACGCACGGGGCAAACUCCAUUCGAAGAAGAAAUACUCUUACAAGACGACAACAAAGACAACAACAAUAAUAAUGAAUCUCAUCUAUCCAACAAGAAGAAUGUUUUUUAUCCCGUCUCACCAGGAGAUGUUGUUGCAGAGGGAAAAUAUUCGAUGAUUUCGAAAUUGGGCUGGGGGAGAAAUUCUACGGUGUGGUUGGCUGAGGAGAGGGGGAGAUGGCCGGGGAGAGGGAGAUGGAGAAACUUCUGGCAGCAGAAGCAACAACAAUCAUUUGUUGCCAUCAAGUUCAACAAUUGCAAUGUCGACCAGGAUGCGAUUCGACAUGAAUUAGACAUGCAUCAGCGUCUCGCGACGGCGGAUCCUACACAUCGAGGAUCUCCUCUGGUGAGGAGAGUAAUGGAUAGUUUCGAGAUCAGGACAAAGGUCGGGACCCAUCUCUGUUUGGUAUAUCAGCCUUUGCGAGAGACUUUGGGUUGUUAUCAGUGGAGAUUUCCGGGCGGUCGGAUACCGAUUCCACUUCUGAAAGUAUAUGUGCAUGCGCUAUUGGUGGGCUUGGAUUAUUUGCAUUCCAAAUGUCAUAUUACACACACUGACUUGAAACUGGAUAAUAUCCUCGUCAGCUUCGAGCACGACUCCGUCUUGCCCGAAAGGGCUCGGCAGCUUCAGCAUUCUGAGCAGAUGUUUCAAGAGACUCCCUACGGUCGUGUAUUCCAGUCGUAUAGCGAUUUCGGUCCGCUGAAAUCAUAUGUCAGCGUACCCAUGAUUACCGAUUUCGACCAGGCUGAUGAUGGUGAUUUUGGCGCAUAUCCCAUCCAACCCGAUGUAUACCGCGCACCCGAAGUCCUCCUGGGCUGGGGUUGGUCACAUAGCGUGGACAUUUGGAAUUUUGGAAACUUGAUAUGGACGUUGGCCAGUGGCGCAGAUCUGUUCCAGCCCAGUCACCCUACUGCACCCAGCACGUAUGAUCCCGUGAUACAUUUGGCCCAAAUGUGUUCCGUGCUCGGGUUUCCCAGCCCUGCGUUGCUGAAGCAGCGAGCGCAAAGUGGUGCCUGGAAAUGGACACCAGCACUAGAGAACUCGAAGGGCGAGCUCUGUACCGACGCAUGCUCGUUCUAUGGUGGACCACAUUUCGACCCGAGUACUGGUGAAUUUCUGCACCCCGAUGCUGUACCGUCGCCCCAAAGCCUACAUGAUCGGGCUACUUUUGUGGGAGAAGAAGAGCGGGCAAGUUUUGUGGACUUUAUGAGCAAGAUGCUUACUUGGGAUCCCGCUGCAAGGCUCGGCGCUGAUGAUCUUUCACAUCAUCCUUGGCUCGUGUUGGGUGGUCGCAUCAAAUAGGCAGUAGUUACAACGUGAUUUCUAACCCGUCUCCAUGGCGCGUGCGGAAAGGCAAUAGACCAUUUUGGAAAGCGAGUCCGCAGGGCUGUGGUCGUGGAGUUGCUGUCUCCUCCACUGCAAUAUCAUAUGAGAUGUGCAGUGUGCCUCAUGGGCCGCGUCUUCGGUCCUGUCGCCGUCGUCGCUGUGGGUAUCUCUGCUGCCGCCUUCUUCAGAUGUCUCCAGCUCUUCAGAUGCCUCCUCGACUUGUCCCGUCCAUGUCUGCCCUUCUUCUUCUUCUUCUUCUUCUUCUUCGUCACUGUGGCGCGUUGACUCCACCGAGAUCACCACCUACCUUUGUAUGGUUCUUGUCGAAUUUUGCUCGUUACGAUGCAAGUCAUUAUUCGAAAAUGUGCAGCGUCGUAUCGACGUAGCGGGCGUGUUGUGCGGUACUCUGCGUCUAUAGCCAGUAUCGAGCGGCUGCUUCUAUGACAUCGUGUCGCUGUCGUGUCGCUGUCGAAGAGAUGGUUCGGUUUGCCGGGAGAAACAUCGUUCCCUUUAGGUACUAUCGAGGUUGGCCGAAGUGUGCGCAGAUUCUCGUUCCGGCGAAUGUAUCAAUCGCCGCGAGUCGUGGCUGGUGUAGGUAGGGUUCUAAGUUAGCAGAUUUGAGCGGAGUGCUGUCCUGGUCAAUGUGUCGCUCGCCGCUCGGAUUCUGCUAUGCGCACUCCAUCCUCCAUAUGAGUUGAGCAGCAUGGCUGUACCAGUGGAAGAUUUGCGAAAGUGAUCUGCUGGCCUGAGGCGAUUAUGGUCCAGGCUCAAAGUAUGAAGCCAUAGCUGAGGUACCAUAUUGAAGCUCUGCCCCGCCGGAGUUCGGAAAGUUCGGAUUCUCAGUGCGCCUGAGCUACAUCAGCCCAGCCUUGGACUAGGAGGUAGUGUAGGUACCGUCCUGUAGGUAGAUGCAGGUCGAGCGAGGCUGGUGCGAUGGGGAAGACGGGAGGAGUACGAGGACAGUCGGGAUGAAUAGGAGGGAGAGAUGUACAGUAGUGGUGCUGCGGUAUACAAAUUCCCAUGGCCAAUCAUAGGUAGGAGGUAGGUGAAGUAUCAUCUACCUGACAUGUAGGAGGAUACUCGUUCUAGAGCUCUCUCCGAUGUU